AUGUCAUCCGCCCAUUCUCCGCCUCGAUUCACUCAGGCCGUUUUCAGAGCCACUAUUGACAGAGGCGUGAUAUUUCGAUUGGGCUCGCAACACUUGCUGAGACUGACCGCUACUGAUGAUGAUCAACUUGGCGUUGGUCACCAGUCCGGCUCCGAAGAGGCUGACUGUGCUCGCCUCGUAUACGCCCUGGAUACCCGCCCCAGUAGCAGGGCCGUUGGACUCAUUGCGCCCUACAGCAAAGUGAUUUCUCAUUUGCUCCGGAUCAACCCGAUCACGGGUGAUGUGUUUGUCGGCCCAGAGUCGUCCGUGGACUACACUUUCAGUCCGAAUACUCACUUUCGGUUAGGCAUGCUCUUCAAUGCCACUGUUGUGGUGAGCAAUGCGCGAGAGUUUGCCGACAGCUGCGAUUAUGCACUGCUCAGUCUUCGAGUCACGGAUCCGCCCGAGAACAACAAUGUUGCCUCUUUGGCUCAUGAGUCGGCCGGUGAUAGCAUCACUUUUACAGGGAUUUCAUCUAUCUUCCUGAGCCCUUGGGAGUACUUUAGGACGUAUUUCAGUGGCGACAGUAAGACGAAGUCAAAAGAUGAGAAUGAAGCACUCCCUCCUCAGAUGAAAGAGCUCGAAAGUGCUGCCGAAGUUUCGGUGAUAAGAGAAAGAAGAGUAAGUCGAUUUGUCUUUUACAUCUACACUAUUGUUAGCCCUUAA